ACAAUUUGUUUUAGUAACGCCACUGAUUUAUAUUAAACAAGAACAGGAAAGGAAACGAAUAGAAUCAAAAAAAAAUGGAGUACUCCAAUUUAAUGCUCACCUUUAUUUUUGGAUUGAUUAUGUGCGCGGGAAUUGUGACUUCUGGCGAACCCAAGUGCAUGCUGAACGAAUCAAAUGAAAGUGCCAUUACUUAUGAUGACAACAAAGGCUUGAAACUACAGACGAUCCCUUCCGUGGUGACCAUGAUAUUCAAGAAUUUUGUUGUUCAUUUGAAGGGGGAGUUAGAACAACUGCGGGACAAUAUGGAAGUCCUAACGGACAUCUAUAUACGUAGCCGCAAGAUUAUAAGACGUAAGCAGAACUCCCUCCAAAAGGAACCCAAUGGAAUGCCCCAAGAUAUGCAGAAAAUGUCUCGCCCUGCAUUUGGUCAGUUUAAGAACAGGAAGAACAACAGCGAUUUGAUGCCUCUGUCUAAUUUGCGAUCUCUGGUGAAUCAAACGACUGGGUCCAACUACAUUGUGUUUUUUAAAGGCCACAACUUCAGACUGGCAAAUGAAACGCUCUCCGCUACCGCCUAAGUUAACGGAAAACCAAGAAACUCUUUUUGAACACAACAAUAUGCACUUAUAAUUUCCAAAACUUAAACUAUUAACAAUAACAUCAACAUCAACAUUAUCUUAUUUGGUACAUUCGACUAUGAUUGCCUCUAUAUAAACUUA